GCACGCCGGCCUAUCAUGGAUUACUUGCUGAGCCGGGUGAGUCGCGGACCCCGCCGCGCGCUUUUGUCAGCGCUCCCGCUCUGCCAAGCCGCAGGCCGGAAGCCGCUUCCGCCUCUCUUUCCUGCCUUCUCUUUCCCUUCGACAAGAAUCUGAGGUCAAGGUGCCAGCUUUCUUCCUAUCUGUCGGCAGACGGCGGCUGUGUUCGGUGUCAACGAAUCGGGCGCUCGGAGUCCUGUCGCGUACCGUGAAUAUGCAUGCGUUCGAUUCCGUCAGAGUGAUAGGAUGUGUAGAAGGGGUGUCGCUUUAGCGACCUAUUUUUUUUUUUUUUUUGACGACGGUAAGGUUAUUGUACAAAUGCUGAACAAUGUGACGUACGAAAGCACUGGAGGAAAGGCAAGAUGUGCGUUACGAAAUUUCACUGCGAAAACUUGAAGAGUCAACUGCUAAUGUCGCUUCCGUGAAUAUUCCUCAUAUUUCAGCUGCUGGUUGCAGUAAUUCCCCCGUCAGUACAAAAUAAAUUCUCCGAGCUCUGUGUCUGUUGAAAGUGCCUUUUUUGUGGUGAUGUUACCGUGUCGACUCCAAUGGCUGAUAUGAUGCAGCUCUUCACGGCAGUCUGUUCGGUGCAAGUCUUUUCAUUUGUGCGUGGUCACCAGAGAGCUCCCUCAGGCUCUCGUGAGUUCAAGGAAAUGACAAAACGAGAUGCUCUCACUCAACUUCAGAGUGAAUUUGAGAAGCUCCUCAGCACUGCCCCUGAAACCAAGAGAGCAGGCAUAAGCAAGCAGUUCAAUGGGUUUGAGAAGCUUUUUGAAAGAUUUCUCAGUGAAGAGGGCCCUUCAAUCGACUGGAAUAGAAUUGAAAAGCUACCAGAAGAUGCGGUUAGAGACUACAGCACACUAUCUCAGCCAUCAACCGAUGUUGUCCACGAUAUGCUGGGUAAAUUGGUUGUCGUCAAACUGAAUGGUGGGCUUGGUACUUCAAUGGGUUGCCAUGGACCAAAAUCUGUGAUUCCAGUAAGAAGUGACCUGACAUUUCUUGACCUAACUGUACAGCAGAUAGAGCAUCUCAACAAAACAUACAAGGCCAAUGUUCCUCUAGUUUUGAUGAAUUCCUUCAACACUGAUGAAGAUACUCUGAAAAUUAUUAGAAAAUACAAAGGUUUACAAAUUGAAAUCUAUACAUUCAAUCAGAGUUGUUUCCCUCGGAUUAACAGGGACUCUUUACUACCAGUUGCAAAAAAAUGUGACGUAGAAAUGGACAUUGAAGCGUGGUAUCCACCUGGACAUGGAGACUUUUAUGAAAGUUUUAAAAACUCAGGUCUCUUAAAGAAAUUUAUUGAACAGGGUCGGGAGUACUGUUUUGUUUCAAAUAUUGACAACCUUGGAGCAACAGUAGACCUCAAUAUACUGAAUCUUCUCCUUCAUCCAACUAAGAAGACUCCAGAGUUUGUUAUGGAAGUAACAGACAAAACAAAAGCUGAUGUUAAGGGUGGUACACUGAUCCAAUAUGAAGACAAACUGCGAUUACUUGAAAUUGCUCAGGUGCCAAAGGAGCAUGUAGAUGACUUUAAGUCUGUUAAGACUUUCAAGUUCUUUAACACAAACAAUCUUUGGAUCAAACUUGAUGCUAUUGACCGAGUUGUGGAGGAAAAGACAUUAAAUAUGGAAAUUAUAGUAAAUCACAAAACUCUAGAUAAUGGUUUAAAUGUGAUACAGCUUGAAACAGCUGUUGGAGCAGCUAUGAAGUGCUUCGAUGGUGGUUUAGGGAUAAAUGUGCCCAGAAGUCGUUUCCUGCCUGUGAAGAAAACAUCAGAUUUGUUGCUUGUUAUGAGUAAUCUGUACAGCUUAAAUCACGGAUCACUUGUGAUGAGUCCACAGCGGAUGUUUCCAACAACUCCACUUGUGAAACUUGGGGAAAAUCAUUUUGCAAAGGUUAAAGAAUUUCUUUCAAGAUUUGCCAACAUUCCAGACUUAAUUGAACUGGACCAUUUGACAGUCUCUGGAGAUGUUACAUUCGGAAGAGGAGUUUCUCUGAAGGGCACUGUCAUCAUCAUUGCAAACCAUGGUGAUAGAAUUGAUAUCCCAUCAGGAGCUUUACUUGAAAACAAAAUUGUAUCAGGAAAUAUGAGAAUUUUAGAUCACUAGAUGGAGAUAUGUGCCUAGAAACAUGUAUUAGACUCAUUUAAUAAUUGUUAAAAUGAGAGAGAAUUUAAAGUGGCUGAAGUAUGCAUGAUGCAUGUAAAUUAAAGUGUGUGUGUGUGUGUGUGUGUGUGUGUGUGUGUGUGUGUGUGUGUGUGUUGUGUGUGUGUGACUUAAAUUGUUGUCUUAGUAUGCUUUCCAAGCACAUACAAAUCUGCUGUUAGUUCAGUAACUGUAAAAUAAUUGCUAUAUUGUGGUACAGUAUUUCAUGAUAUAUACAUAAUUCUGAAUAUUUGUUGUUUUGUUGUUUAUGAAUGAAGACCAAAAUAAAAACAAGGGCAUUAUUUUAUUAAAA